AUGCCGUCCGUUAUCGAGGAGCUGCCCAAAUCUCUUGCCAAGUUGGAGUUCAUAUCUCGUGGCGCAACAAGCUGGGUCUAUAAAGUCGACAAAGACCUGGUACUCAAAGUCCCCAGACGUCAGGCAAUCCAAGCGUUCAAGGACGAGGGCAUAGUCUACGACGAGCUCGAGAAGCGCGAGCCUUGUCCCCAUCUCCUCCAGAGCAUCUUCCGGUGCCCAGGGUUGUACUUCUUACCCUUUCUGAGCGGAGGGUCGCUGGAUGAACGAAUCAGAGGCAAUCAGAGCCGUAGCAGGGACGGCUACAUCGACGUAUUGCGGACUACAUCGCAGAAGCAGGCGGAGCAGUGGGCAAUGCAGCUUGCUGGCGGGAUGGCCUGGCUAGAAUCACUAGGCUUCGUUCACGGCGACCUGAGGCCAGCAAAUAUUCUUCUUGAUGGGGCUGACCACAUCAAGCUAGCCGACUUCGACUCUGUCAGCAAGAUCGGAUCCAUCUUCUUUGGCAGCGCACCCCCAUGGGCUCGAGUGCAAGGGAAUGAGGCCGGUGCAGACAAAGGCACGUUUGGCACCCAAGGGCCACGAACCGAGCAGUUUGCGUUUGGAUCUAUCCUAUAUACCAUUAUACGCGGAUUCGCGCCGUACGAGAAGGAACGCGAUAACGCCAAGGUCCUAGACUGGCUGCAGGAUAUGGAGUUUCCUGAGCUAGGCGAAAGCGCAACAGAUUGCAUUAUCGAUCGGUGCUGGAAAGGGCGCUUUGCCUCGAUCCAGCUUCUUUUCCAGGAGACCGCUUUGUUGGAGGGUGCCACUACCUUGCCUCAGUCGACCGCGCUUGAGGCCAAGCAUAUGGCGGUGCUACAGGGACGAUGUCAGCGCUUACUCGGCAGUGAAUUGAAGCAAGUUGUGCAAGAAUUUGGGACUGAGUGA